CAAAAAUCUGAUUAGUCUCGCUUUCCGUUAAUUCGUUCCUGCUGACGUCACACAACGAUGGCUAUAAUCUCUGAAACUUCCGACGACGGCUCUAACGGUGGCGUACCAAACAAGAAAUCCGAAGAACUCCACAAGAACCCUAAAGAAGAAGAAGAAGAGAAUCAAAACGAGAAACCGAAAGAAGAAGAUCAAGAAGACGAUCAUCAAGAAGAAGAAGCAGAGAAUCUUCCUCCGAUACCUCGACGAAUCCCACAAGCACUCAUCAGAAGUACCGUCGCACUCAUCCGAAGAUGUCACUACCCGUCGCUAUCUCUCUUCUCUAAAGCCUUUCGUCGCGUAAUCUCUUCGCCGGAACUCCACCACAGACGCUUGAGUCUCCACCUAACCGAACCGGUUCUUUACGCUUUGAUCGGAUUCCCUUCUCAUGGUUUCCCGAGCUGGUUCAUUCUCAACCACAACAUUCCAAGAAACAUCCCAUUAAGACUGAGCGAAAUCGGUUCACUUCCUCGUAUGAAUCCUGGUUCUGCUGUGGUCACAAUCGGCUACAAGAUUUUGGAUCCAUGGUGUGUUCAACGUCAGAUACAGGUGUAUGAUCCAAAUGGAAUGUUUUGGACUCCUGUGAUGGGUUUACAUAAUUUGCCUAAUCUGAAUUACUUCAAUUUGGAAGGUGAAGGAUCUUUUGAUUACAUCUACUAUUUUGAGCAGCUUGUUGAUUUCAGAGCAAAUAUGAAGAAAAAAGUGGUGCAGAAGCUGUUAUAUAUAUCUGACACCUUAUAGAGUAAAUCAUCUUUCUUUACCUUUGUGCAAAAAUGUGAAUACUCUUUCAGAAUUAGCCUUGUGUUUGUGUAGAGUCGGCUACUCUUUUGUACUAAAACUCUUACGAGACU